GAGAACAUUUUUCACAAUUUCAGAUGUGAUGAAAGUACAAUAUUUUAUGUGGCUUCUGAGCUCCCUUAAAGGAUUUGAUAACUGCAUAAAAAAUUUUAUAAUCUUGAUAGCCAGACUAAUGUUAACGUGCUCUCGGUUUAGUUUUAAUUGUAUACUUCUUAAAACAUAAUAGAACGACCGAUUUGGUAAUGUUGAAUCUAUUGAUAAAAGUGACCCCAACAAACUGGUCAUUAUUUAGUGGAAACAUUUACAAGCAAUUACAGGUGCUGAUGCCCUGCAGUUGUCUCUUUCUCUGAUUUUUCAAUUCCCUAACAUUUUCCCCCCUUUUCGAGAAAUGGCAUAAUGGAGAGAAGACCCUCGGGGUACUAAACACAAAUGCAGACAUUUAAACAUUGAUGGCUUUAAGAUUCAUUUUGUGGUUAAGUUUUUGUUUCUUAAAAUUUGUGAGUUUUCCCUUAAAAUCCUCGCGCUACAUUGCUUUAGCCCCACCGGCUACGUGCCCCCUCCCCAACCCAUUUCCGACUUAACUGGGCUUCUGCCCACAGUUUCAGGGACCCGGGUCCCUCGCACCAGCUCAGCAGGACCCCGCAGAGUCCAGUCGCCCAGAGCGCCAAACCCGGGGUCCCUCGCGCACCCCGCCAAGUACCCGCCGCGGACUCUGCUCCCCGCCCUCGGGGUGGGGGGUGGGGGGUGGAUCAGAGGCCGCUCCCAAAACAUCCUUAAGGGCAUUCCCUUUGUUCGUUCACUCGACAAAUACUCCGGUUCACUCGCCCCUCAGUCUUCAGAAAACCAAUUUGGGCCACGCUCUGCAGGAGUACCGUCUUCGCCUUGUUAACGACACGAUGAAGCCAGGGAGGACGAAUCUCGGCCAUUACUUAGCAAAUACCUUCUCGAGCGGCCGGGAGCAUUGCGCCAGCUCUCUUCCCUUAAUCCUUCACUUAAUGGCAAACAGUGACCACGGCUGCACUCUGCGGUUUUUGCCUCCAAGUCUGCCUUACGCCAAGUUCCUCCACGACUCGAGCGGCUACCCUCUCUCCAAGCCAGCAGGAGAGACUUCCGGGGGCAGCCAGGGCAGCCGGGGCACGGCGGACUCAAGGCCCGCCGUGGUCUGGGUCCAGGCCUCAAACAGCUCCAGGCUGGAGGUGGGGAGAGAAUCACUUCCGAGAGCGGCGACCCAGGGGGGGGUCUCAGCUGGAUUUUUCCAUUCAGGCGGGAGGACCCGUCAACCGCCUAGCGCAGCGGAACUACAACUCCCAGCAUCGUAGUAGCUGCCCGGACUUCCGGAAGCCAAGGCCCGGCGGGGAGGAAGCAGCCGAGACCCGGCCAAAAAGGCCGGGGGUUAAUUUAUCAAGAAAAAAGGGGGCGGGAAGGACUGUAGGGUUAGCCUGUUAGUUCGCCACCAUGAACGUGGUUUUUGCUGUGAAGCAGUACGUUUCCAAAAUGAUAGAGGACAGCGGACCGGGUAUGAAAGUACUUCUCAUGGAUAAAGAGACGACUGGCAUAGUGAGUAUGGUAUACACACAAUCAGAGAUUCUUCAGAAGGAAGUGUACCUUUUUGAACGCAUUGAUUCUCAAAAUCGAGAGGUCAUGAAACACCUGAAAGCAAUUUGUUUUCUUCGUCCUACCAAGGAGAAUGUGGGUUAUCUGAUUCAAGAGCUCCGGAGACCAAAAUACAGUAUAUAUUUUAUUUAUUUCAGUAAUGUGAUCAGCAAGAGUGAUGUGAAGUCAUUAGCUGAAGCUGAUGAACAGGAAGUUGUGGCUGAGGUUCAGGAAUUUUAUGGUGAUUAUAUUGCUGUGAAUCCACAUUUAUUUUCCCUCAAUAUCUUGGGUUGCUGCCAGGGUCGAAAUUGGGAUCCAGCCCAGCUAUCCAGAACAACUCAAGGACUGACAGCUCUCCUUUUAUCUCUGAAGAAAUGUCCCAUGAUUCGUUACCAGCUUUCAUCAGAGGCAGCAAAGAGACUUGCAGAAUGUGUUAAGCAAGUAAUAACUAAAGAAUAUGAACUGUUUGAAUUCCGGCGGACUGAGGUGCCUCCAUUGCUGCUUAUUUUAGAUCGUUGUGAUGAUGCCAUCACCCCGUUGCUAAACCAGUGGACAUAUCAGGCCAUGGUCCAUGAACUACUGGGCAUAAACAACAAUCGGAUUGAUCUUUCCAGAGUGCCGGGGAUCAGUAAAGACUUAAGAGAGGUGGUCCUAUCUGCUGAAAACGAUGAAUUCUAUGCUAACAAUAUGUACCUGAACUUUGCUGAGAUUGGUAGCAAUAUAAAGAAUCUCAUGGAAGACUUUCAGAAGAAGAAACCAAAAGAACAGCAAAAACUAGAAUCAAUAGCAGACAUGAAGGCCUUUGUUGAGAAUUACCCACAGUUUAAGAAGAUGUCUGGGACUGUGUCAAAGCAUGUGACAGUGGUUGGAGAGCUGUCUCGGUUGGUCAGUGAGCGGAAUCUGCUGGAGGUUUCAGAAGUUGAGCAAGAACUGGCCUGUCAAAAUGACCAUUCUAGUGCUCUCCAGAAUGUAAAGAGGCUCCUGCAGAACCCCAAAGUGACAGAGUUUGAUGCUGCCCGCCUGGUGAUGCUUUAUGCUCUACAUUAUGAGCGACACAGCAGCAAUAGCCUACCAGGACUAAUGAUGGACCUCAGGAAUAAAGGUGUUUCUGAGAAGUAUCGAAAGCUUGUGUCUGCAGUAGUUGAAUAUGGUGGUAAACGGGUCAGAGGAAGUGACCUCUUCAGCCCCAAAGAUGCUGUGGCUAUUACCAAGCAGUUCCUCAAAGGAUUGAAGGGAGUAGAAAAUGUGUAUACUCAACAUCAGCCUUUCCUUCAUGAGACCCUGGACCAUCUCAUCAAAGGGAAGCUUAAGGAAAAUGUGUACCCUUAUCUAGGCCCCAGCACACUCAGAGACAGACCUCAGGAUAUCAUUGUGUUUAUAAUUGGAGGAGCCACCUAUGAAGAGGCUCUAACAGUUUAUAACCUGAACCGUACCACUCCUGGAGUAAGGAUUGUUCUGGGAGGAACCACAGUGCAUAACACGAAAAGUUUCCUAGAGGAAGUUCUGGCUUCUGGACUGCACAGCCGAAGCAGGGAGAGCUCUCAGGUGACAUCGAGGUCAGCAAGCAGAAGAUGAGAUGGUGACGGCAAGGUGAAGAGAAUGGCGUGACUUCCCCCCUGACGUCGCCACAGGCUUUCCCCGCUGACCACAGGUGUUGGAGAAGAGCCUUGGGUUUUGUGCUUGUCGUUCUAACCCAACUCCAAGUAGUCUGCUAAUUCGUGGACGGUUGACACAGACACCAAGACUCCCAGUGAUGAGCUGAGAAUAAGUCUGUGCCCCAGCCCACUUUUCUCGUGGUUUUCUUAUCAGAUAAACAAAGGUAUUCCUUGUAUUUGACAGCACAGUCACUUCAGUUUCUGACGAAUUUUGUUGGGAUCUUACUUGAGAAAAGGGUUAUCAGAGCUCAGAGGGGUUUAAAAAAUAAUCAUUUGAUGCUCACGCUAUGCAUCCUCUCUUCUCUUGACCCCUUUUACUUUUCAUUAACCACAUUCCUACACACUUCAUUUUUUUUUGAAAACUCAUCAUGUUUCUGUAAAGAACCAUCCAAAAAUUGUUCCUACAUUGCAGUUUUCUGUGGCACUGAGAAACCAUGUAUGACUAAAAUAAAAAUCCAUUUUGUGGAAAGA